AUGUAUGAUGAAUUUCCUUGGGAAGAUGAGGAUGACUAUGAUAAUUUUAUUAAUAAUCCAUCGGCUCGAGAUAUAAUAGUUCCACAAGAAGGUGGUUGCAAACCGAUUAUUGAAUUACUUCUCAAAAAAAAUCCUGAACAACGUUCAAGUGCUGAAGAAACUCUUAUAAAGUUGAAACAACAUCCUUUAUUCGGUGUUAUUGUUGAAACACUUGAAAAGAAAUAUUAUCCAGUAGAUGAUGUGUUGCGCGACUUUAGUGGAGGAAAAUUGGAAAAAAAAUAUUCAUCAUCACGAAAUAUAAGUGGUCUUACAAUAACUGAUGAUUUAAAAGAAGAAAUGAAUAGAAUAAUGUCAACAGGACUACCACGAACAAAUGAAACACAAGAUUUGUUCAAUAAGGAAACGUAUCCAACUGUUGGAUGUUGUUCGAUCUCAUAUUUUGAUUUAAGUAAGAUUCAGUGA